AUGGGAAGAGAUAUUGUAGCAUUAGAUAACGUUACAGUAAACAAUAUUGGGGUUCUUAAAAAGAUCAACGAGGUGGUUUUACCUUGUAAGUAUCCAGAAUCUUGGUAUAAUCAAUGUUUCACUGAAACUAAUAUUCUCGUUCAACUUGGAUAUUAUGCCGAAAUACCAGUUGGCGCUAUAAAAGCUCGAGUAAUCAAUAAUUAUCAGAUCAAGUCUUCUUUUGAAGAGGAGAUUUCGAAUUCAAACGUUUUAAAAAAGACCCCCAAUUGUGUAUACAUUGAAAGUUUUGCAGUUUUACCAAACUAUAGACAUUAUGGUAUUGGUCUGAAAUUGUUGGAAUGGCUUAUUGAGCAAACAAAAAAAAGAUUUGUUCAUGAAAUAAUCAUACAUGUACAAACCUGUAAUGAAAGCGCCUUGGAAUGGUAUACCAAAAAGGGGUUUGAGAAGGGCGAAUUAGUAAAAGAUUACUACAAGAACCAAGAAUUGGACAGUCCAGAUGCGUUUGUCAUGAAACUAAGAGUUUAA